UGUCUCUUGUGCUUCUCAAAAUCGGCACUCAUGAGUUAUUAUUAGGGUUUGCAACCUUUAAACUCUGAAGCUGCAAUAGCACAGCACAGAAUGGGGCGCAAAGAGAAGCAGAACGCGAAGGCAAUAGAUGAGGAACACGACGUAGUAAAUUUUAACGGCGCUUCAACGCCGUCCCUCGUUUUCAGCAGCGACGACGAUGAAGCCAACCAAGAUCUCAGCCUCAAGAUCGUCGAAAAGGCCAUGCGAAUGCGCGCCGCCAAACACGCCCCAAACGACGACGUUUCUUCUCCGUUUUCGCAGAAAUCCGAACUCGCAGUGCCCCUAAACGACGUCGUUUCGGAUUUGCCCAGCGCAAUCGCUGAUUCCGAAGUGACGGAAAAGAAGAAAACGGCCAAGUUGAAGAGGGAGGCGGCUGGGGAUCAAAGUGUUGUUAUAGCGGAGGAGCAAGAGAUGGAGGAGACAAGCAAUGCUACAGAGAAUCACGAGUUUGUGGAAGGAAGCCCGGUUCUGAUAGGCGACAAUAUGGUUCUGCGAAAGCUGCUUCGGGGUCCAAGGUAUUUUGAUCCACCGGAUAGUAGUUGGGGAGCAUGUUUCAAUUGUGGUGAGGAUGGUCAUGCUGCUGUGAACUGUUCAGCAGCGAAGCGGAAGAAACCAUGCUAUGUUUGUGGUGGUUUGGGACACAAUGCAAGACAAUGCACUAAGGCGCAAGAUUGCUUUAUCUGCAAGAAAGGUGGUCACCGUGCUAAAGACUGUCUGGAGAAGCACACAAGUAGAUCAAAAAGUGUUGCUAUUUGCUUAAAGUGUGGAAAUUCUGGGCAUGAUAUGUUUUCAUGCAGGAAUGAUUAUUCACCAGAUGAUCUCAAGGAAAUUCAAUGUUAUGUCUGCAAGAGAGUUGGCCAUUUAUGCUGUGUCAAUACUGAUGAUGCAACACCAGGAGAAAUUUCUUGUUACAAAUGUGGUCAGCUGGGUCACACUGGUUUGGCAUGUUCAAGGUUGCGGGAUGAGAUUACAAGUGGAGCCACACCCAGUUCAUGCUUCAAAUGUGGUGAAGAAGGACAUUUUGCCCGGGAGUGCACAAGUUCUAUCAAGUCAGGGAAGAGGAAUUGGGAAUCAUCACACACAAAAGAUAAAAGAUCCCAAAAAGAAAAUGAUUACAUGGGAAAUAGAUCUGCAUCUAAUGAUAUGGUUGGGGCUCGCAGAAAGAAACGUUCACCUACCGAAGAAAGAGGCUUUUCAACUCCCAAGAAAUCAAAGAGUAGAGGUGGUUGGACGGCGGAGUAUCCUACCGAAGAAAGAGGCUUUACAACUCCAAAGAAAUCCAAAAGUAGAGGUGGCUGGACAACAGAGCAUCCUACUGAAGAAAGAGGCUUUACCACUCCAAAGAAAUCCAAGAAUAGAGGUGGCUGGACAUCGGAGCAUCCUUUGGAACAAAAAGACUACACAACUCCCAAGAAAUCCAAGAGUAGAGGUGGAUGGAUGUCAGAGCAUCCUGAAGAAUUCUUUCCUCCCAUGUCCUCAAGGAGCAAUGGUUAUAGGUCUCUAGGGACACCAUCUUCUAGAAACAAUAAAAUUCAUUCAUUUGGUGGUGGAAGUCACACUCCAAGUUAUAAAUCUUCCAAGGUAUGGAAUGAUCAUGCAGGAACUUCAAUGUCUCAAGGAUCAGCCAGGUCAAAUCAUCAUAGAUUUUCAGCAUCAAGGUUUGGCAACUCUAGUAGUGACGGACAUGGUAGAAAUUACAACUGGUGGUAGCGAUCAUGUAUAUGCUGACAUUAUGUUCUCUAUAUUUCCUUUUGUUAACUUGUAAAACAGCACCUGCAAGUUUUCUAAAUUAAUAUUUAAUUUUUCCUUUCAGAUAUCUAUUCAAUGAUACUGUCGUAAUUCUUUCAAAUUUAUGGAUACGUUAAGGGUAUCCAAAUUCCCUGUUGAACUUCA